ACGGUGUCGUUCCUUCACGCCUCAGGACUUGGAGUUUCUCUUGAAAUUCUUACGCUUUUGAUUAAAAACUCCGAAAUCCUCUGCAAAUCCAAAGCAAAAAUGGCUCCGAAAAAGAAACAGCAUCAGCAACAGAAGCAGAAGCAGAACAGUAAUAAUUCCAAGCCGAAUUCGAAAUCACAAAAUUCAUCGUCUUCGUCAUCGUCCGGUCCGAGACUCCAAAUUUCGGCCGAGAAUGAGAACCGCCUCCGCCGGCUUUUGCUUAACAACAACAACUCGGCCCGGUCCGACUCGGCUCCGGUCGACGAUACACUGUCGAAGGCUCAGAAGGCAAAGAAGCUGAAGACCGUUUACGAGAAGCUUUCUUGUGAAGGCUUCACCAAUGAUCAGAUUGAACUUGCUCUCUCCGCUCUUAAGGAGGGUGCUACAUUUGAGGCUGGUCUUGAUUGGUUAUGCUUGAAUUUGCCGGGUAAUGAGCUCCCAUUGAAGUUUGCUAGCGAGAAUUAUCUGCGUAUGAAUGAAGGAGGUUCAGUUGGUGUCAUAUUGAAUUCACGGGAAGAUUGGGCACCUUCGGUGGACCCAUUGACUAAGAUUGAGGAGGAAGCUCCAGAAUUUUCUGUUAAGAUCAAGGGGCGGCGGGAUGAUGAUACUCUAGAUUUACGCCAACCUUCUCAGGCAGACUGGAUCAGGCAAUACAUGGAACAACAGCAAGAGGAUGAAUCCGCAACUUGGGAAGAUGAUGCAGUUGAUUCUCUUCAAGAGGUCUCUGGGCCUAGGUCUUAUGAUGUUAUAGCAAAAGAGUACCAUGCUGCACGGUUGGAAGCAACAAAAGCCAAGGAAAAAAGGGAUAAGAAAAGCCAGGAGCAGGCAGGCAAUAUCAUCCGCAAACUUAAACAAGAAUUGUCUGCUCUAGGAUUAUCAGAUAACAUCAUGGCAUUAGAAGUAGAACAUGAACGAGCUGCUGUUUUUACAUCUGGGGACUCAAUUACGAGUUCCAUGCCUUACAGUUACUCUGAGAUAACAGCAUUGUGCAAUGUUGAAGAUUGUUUGCCCUUUGUUGUGGGUGCAGAUGAAUCAACAUUUGAUGGAAAUGAUGUGGAUUUCUGUGGCUCGAAGGAGAAUUCAAUUAAAUCUUCUCCUAGUUCACCUAUUCAGGAAAAACCUGCUGCAGAAGAAGAGUCAGAUGAUGUAGAGCUUGGUGGUUUCUUUUCAGAAGAUGUGACAUCUAAUGAUGUUUUGCCUCCUGAAGUUUUGAAACUUCAGAAGCAAGAAAAGAUGAGAAAAUUAUAUAAUGAAAAGAAUUUAGAAAAGUUGGAUGGCAUCUGGAAGAAGGGGGACCCACAAAAAAUUCCCAAGGCUGUUCUUCAUCAAUUAUGUCAAAGAUCAGGGUGGGAAGCUCCAAAAUUUAAUAAAGUACAUAGCAAAGGAAAUAGUUUCUCUUAUGCUGUCAGUGUUUUGCGUACAGCUAGUGGGAGGGGUAAGAGCAGAAAAGCUGGGGGACUGAUUACCCUUCAGCUUCCAAAUCAGGAUGAAACUUUUGAAUUUGCUGAGGAUGCACAGAAUAGAGUGGCAGCAUUUGCUCUUUGUCAAUUGUUUCCAGAUCUCCCAGUUCACCUACUAGUUACGGAGCCCUAUGCUUCUCUUGUCAUGCAGUGGAAGGAAGGGGAAUCAUUGGCCGACGUGGAAGACACUGUGGAAGAUCGGAGGGCUAAUUUUGUGGAUUCAUUAUUGAAUGCUGAUCACUCUAGUUCAGCUGCUUCUGAUGAUGUUACAGUUAGUUCGCCUCCAGAAGAAUUUCAGAAGCUCCGUGUUGAAGAAAAUGAAAAUUCGACUCUUGCUGGCUCUGAUUCAUUAGUUGAUAGUCAUGUUGCAGGAGUAAAUCAAAGGAAAGAAGCAGAGAGUGCAUAUUUGAGACAGAAACAUGAGAAUAAAAUGAAAAUGCAGAGAUACAAGGAUAUGUUGAAAACUAGAGCUGCACUUCCUAUUGCUGCUUUGAAGGGUGAUAUUCUGCAACUGUUGAAGGAGAAUAAUGUUCUUGUUGUUUGUGGUGAAACGGGCUCUGGGAAGACAACUCAGGUUCCACAAUUUAUUUUGGAUGAAAUGAUUGAAUCAGGAUGUGGUGGACAAUGUAACAUUAUAUGCACGCAACCAAGAAGAAUAGCGGCUAUUUCUGUGGCUGAAAGAGUUGCUGAUGAGCGCUGUGAACCUUCACCAGGUUCGGAUGGUUCUUUGGUUGGUUAUCAAGUCCGUCUUGAUAGUGCAAGGAGUGAAAAAACAAAGCUUCUUUUUUGUACUACGGGCAUUCUUCUGAGAAAAUUUGCGGGGGACAAGAACUUGACUGACAUCACGCAUGUCAUAGUUGAUGAAGUGCAUGAACGGUCUCUAUUGGGUGAUUUCCUACUCAUUGUUUUAAAGAAUCUGAUAGAGAAGCAAUCUGCUCAUGGCGCACCAAAACUGAAAAUCAUCCUUAUGUCUGCAACUGUAGAUUCCAAUUUGUUUUCCAGAUACUUUAGUAACUGCCCUGUAAUUACUGCAGAAGGCAGAACUCAUCCUGUGACCACUUACUUUCUUGAGGAUAUAUAUGAAAGCAUUAGUUAUCGUGUUGCUUCAGAUUCUCCAGCUUCUAUAAGGAACGAAACAUCCACCAAUCAAAGGUUCCAGAGUGGUCCCAUAAAUAACCGUAGGGGCAAGAAGAAUCUUGUCUUAUCUGCAUGGGGAGAUGAUUCUCUGCUCUCAGAAGACUGUAUUAACCCCUAUUAUUCGCCAAGCAGUUAUCAAUCAUACAGUGAACAAACUCGACAGAAUUUGAAAAUAGUGAAUGAAGAUGUUAUUGAUUAUGAUCUUCUUGAGGACCUAAUCUGUCAUGUUGAUGAAACUUGUGACGAAGGUUCCAUACUUGUAUUCUUACCUGGGGUGUCUGAAAUUUACACAUUACAUGAUAAGCUAGUUGCUUCUUACCGAUUUGGUGGGCCAUCUUCUGAUUGGAUUCUUCCUUUACAUUCAUCCGUUGCAUCAACUGAUCAAAAAAAAGUGUUUUUACGUCCUCCUGAAAGCAUACGCAAGGUCAUUAUAGCUACAAACAUAGCAGAGACGAGUAUAACCAUAGACGAUGUGGUAUAUGUCAUUGACUGUGGAAAGCAUAAGGAGAAUCGUUAUAACCCUCAAAAGAAAUUGUCUAGCAUGGUUGAAGAUUGGAUAUCUCAAGCAAAUGCAAGGCAAAGGCGAGGAAGAGCUGGACGUGUAAAACCUGGAAUUUGCUUUUGCUUGUAUACUCGUAAUAGAUUUGAGAAACUCAUGCGCCCUUUUCAGGUUCCUGAGAUGCUUCGGAUGCCACUAGUAGAGUUGUGUUUACAGAUUAAGUUACUUGCUCUGGGUUAUGUAAAGCCUCUUUUAUCUGAGGCUUUAGAACCUCCUAGGGAGGAGGCUAUUACCUCAGCAAUUUCGUUGUUAUAUGAGGUUGGGGCACUUGAAGGUGAUGAAGAGUUGACACCUCUUGGGCAUCAUUUGGCAAAACUCCCUGUUGAUGUUUUAAUUGGGAAGAUGAUGCUAUAUGGAGCAAUAUUUGGUUGCUUAUCGCCCAUUCUCUCAAUUUCAGCAUUUUUGAGCUACAAAUCUCCAUUUGUGUAUCCAAAAGAUGAGGGGCAAAAUGUUGAAAGAGCAAAAUUGGCACUUUUGACUGAUAAGGUUGAUGGUCCUAGUGAUCUAAUUGAUGUUGAUAGGCAAUCUGACCACCUUUUAAUGAUGACCGCUUAUAGGAAAUGGGAGAAGAUUCUGCUUGAGAAAGGAGUUAAAGCUGCUCAACAUUUUUGCAGUUCAUAUUUUUUAAGCGGUUCGGUUAUGUACAUGAUAAGAGACACGAGAAUACAAUUUGGAUCAUUGCUAGCAGACAUUGGCCUAAUCAACUCUCCAAAAAAAUAUCAGAUUGAUAGAAGAAAGAAAGAGAAUCUUGGCAGUUGGUUUUCUGAUGCAUCGCAACCAUUCAAUAAGUAUUCACAUCAUUCAUCUGUUGUAAAGGCUAUACUAUGUGCAGGCUUAUAUCCCAAUGUGGCAGCCACUGAACAAGGCAUUGCUGGAGUUGCUCUUGGCAGCCUUAAACAGUCUGUUGGUCCUGUAAAACAGGGUCGUUCUGUUUGGUACGAUGGAAGGAGAGAAGUUAGCAUACACCCUUCUUCUAUCAACAGUAACUUGAAAGCAUUUCAGUAUCCCUUCCUUGUUUACCUUGAAAAGGUUGAAACCAACAAAGUUUUUCUUCGAGAUACUUCUGUCAUCUCUCCUUACUCUAUUUUGCUGUUCGGUGGCUCCAUUCACAUUCAGCAUCAGACUGGACUGGUCAUCAUAGAUGGAUGGUUAAAACUGACUGCAGCAGCCCAAAUUGCAGUUCUGUUCAAGGAACUACGAUUAACUCUUCAUUCAAUUUUGAAGAAGCUAAUUCGAAAGCCAGAGGAUGCCACUAUUGUCGAUAAUGAGGUGGUCAAGUCUAUAAUACACUUCUUGGUAGAGGAAGAAAAACCCCCGCUGAAGUAAUUAAGGAAAAUUAGAGCAUGUCUUUUCUCCAAAUUAUGGCUGGCCCAAAGAAAGGAUACCAUACAGGUAGUCUUGCAGUUCAUGAGGAGGCACACACUUUUGCUCCAUGUGUGCCCCUUAGCAUUACGUUGUUACUAGCUGCUGCCUUAAAAAAACUGAACAUGAACUCAACCAAUGUUUUGGAGAUAAAUGCUUACAAUGUAAGCAUGUUGCCCAUCCGCCCAUCCGCGUCUAUAGUGCAAAUGACCAACAGGCUUGGCAGUUCAUAUACCGGAGGACUAGUUCCUUUACUCAUAAGGAAGUUCCACUGAAAGAGAACACUUAUAAGGUCAUUGAUGCAACAUUUGGCUUAAACAAUGUACUCCAUAUGGAUAUAAUCAAGGAUUUGCACUUGAUUUGACUUGGGUAUUGGGUUUUGUUCUCAUCUUAUAAAAUCUAAACACUAAAUUCAGUAUAUUGUAAUUUACCCAAAAAAAAAAAAUAUAUUAUGUUUCAAAGCCGUGGAUGAUGCAUUUGAAGACACGCAGGAACUGAAAUUUUCAAGUUGCUGAGAAUUCCAUCUGCUAUCUGUUAGAUCUAUUUGAUCAAAAAGAAUUCCUAUUAUUUAGGAUGAGAUCAAUUUGAAGCAUGAGAUUGG